AUGGGCAGCAGUCCAGCGCCAUUUUCAGAUAUUGGAAAGAGAGCAAAAGAUCUCUUGACCAAAGAUUACAACUUUGACCAGAAGUUUACUCUGUCAGUGGUUGGCUCCACUGGGCUGGGACUUACAGCUAAUGGUUUGAAGAGGGAUCAAAUUUUUGUUGGUGACAUAAAUACCCUGUACAAGAGUGGAAACACUACUGUAGAUGUGAAAGUUGAUACUUAUUCUAAUGUGUCUACAAAAGUGACUGUGAGUGAUAUCUUGCCGAGCACGAAAGCAGUGUUUAGCUUCAGAAUACCAGAUCACAAAUCUGGCAAGCUGGACGUGCAGUACCUUCAUCCUCAUGCAGCCUUUGAUUCCAGCAUAGGCCUGAACCCAACCCCUCUUUUAGAACUGUCGGCAACAAUUGGAAGUAAGGAUCUUAGUUUGGGUGGUGAAAUUGGAUUUGACACAGCAUCCUCUUUGUUGACCAAAUACAAUGCUGGGAUCAGCUUUAACAAGCCAGAUUUCUCUGCAGCGCUUUUGCUGACGGACAAAGGACAGACAUUGAAGGCAUCUUACAUUCAUGCUGUUGACUCCUGCAAUGGAACUGCAGUUGCAGCUGAACUGACCCAUAGAUUUUCCACCUUCGAGAACAGCUUUACCCUUGGAAGCUCUCAUGUAAUCGAUCCAUUAACUGUGGUAAAAACACGAUUCUCUGAUAAUGGGAAAGCUGGUGUGCUAUGGCAACGUGAAUGGAGACCGAAGUCACUAGUAACUGUCUCAGCUGAGUAUGACUCGAAGGCACUUAAUGCAUCCCCAAAGAUAGGUCUUGCUCUCGCGCUCAAGCCUUGA